UAUAUUGAUAAAAGUAUUGGGACACCCCCCCGGCAAAUCAUUGGAUUCAGGUGUUCCAAUCACCUGCAUGGCCACAGGUGUAAAAAAUCUACCACAUAGGCAUGCAGACUGCUUCUACAAACAUUUGUGAAACAAUGAGAUGCGCUCAGGAGCUCAGUGAAUUCAAGCGUGGUAAUGUGAUAGGUUGCCACCUGUGCAAUAAGUCCAUCCGUGAAAUUUCCUUGCUACUAAAUAUUCCGCGGUCAACUGUUAGUGGUAUUAUAACAAAGUGUAAGCAACUGGGAAUACCAGAAGCUCAGCCACGGAGUGGUAGGCCAUGUAAAAUGACAGAGCUGGGUAAGUGCAUGAUGGAGCGCACAGUGCACAGAAGUCGCCAACUGUCUGCCGAGUUAAUAACUAAAGACCUCCAAACUUCAUGUGGCCUUCAGAUUAGCACAACAACAGUGCGU